AUGAUUUCAUGUUCUUUGAUUUGGAUUAUCUUUUUCACAUGGCUGUCAACUCAGUUCCUGCUUGUCAUCAAGUGUUUCAAAAGCUGUGCCAAGAAACUGGAGAAAUACAAAAAAGCUAAUAAAAAGAAUAACUCGGUCGAAGUGAAAAACGAAAAGCCCGCCGAUAUUAAUUCAAAAGAAGUGGAGAGAGCCAAAGUGGACAUUGAAACGAUCCCACAGCCUAAUGACAAACGAACGAAUGAGAUACGGAAAUCGUUUGAAGGAAAACAUGAAAGCAAGAAGAUCGCAGUUACAAAACCUAAUGAUGAUAAAGCACCUAGCACGUUCAAAGAUAUAGAAGAUGACACGUUGCGAAACCUCCCAAGUUUAGUUUACGACGGGAACGAUACUUCGACUUCAUAA